CGCGCUUCUCCCCAGCGCCAUACAGGCAAAAAGGCCGGCUGCGAGUCCUCGCUGCGAUAAUGUGAUGAGCAGCCACUAACAACUACAGAUCACCGACAAACGCUUUAUGUCAACCAAACCAAAAAGCUGUCUGUCUGUCUGAUUGUCCUUGUCGUGCGUGCUGUAUGUACACAAUCAUGAUAACACACAGCGCUACGAGCCGUACCGUAUGCACAUACAUACGCAUUGCGCCGCACCACACACAGGCUACUCAGGUGCCUCGCUCUUCGAAUCAUUGCUUGUGGCGUCCCCUCCCCUGCUGCCGCUCGCCCGCUCGCGCGAGAGGCUAAGCUCGGGCAGCUGUAUGAAGGACUGACCCCUGGGGACGCUGUCGCGAUGAACCUUGACUUUAGCGCGGCCGACGGUGACCCUCUUGGCCCGCAGCUUCUCCACACACUCCUCAAGGGUCACUGGCAGCCCCCUGUCCUGCGUACAGUCGCGAACACGCGCCCUCGCCACCUUGUCACCCAUCCGAGUCAGCUUCCUGCACACACACACACACACACACACACACGAACGCAUGUCACAGGUGGCCCCUUGCCAGCGGUAUCUCACUUACUCUCUGGCGAUGUCGCCAAGGAAGAUGGCGGCGAACAGCACCUUGUCAGCGCUCGUGGCGUGGUGGUUUCUGGGCGAGCUGCGGAAGUCAUGCCGCCGCCCAUCGCCGCUGCGUGGGGCCGUUCUCGCCUCCCUCUCGCUCUUGCCGUGCGCGACAGGGCUCUCGCAGACGUACAGCUCGACGACGGGCGUCUGCCAGGACGUGGGGGCGACCGGAGCUGGUGGGGCGAUUGGGGAGAGGAGGUGUGUCGACGAGGAUGAGGGGGAGGCCUCGUCGGCCUCGGGGUCGCUGCCGUGCCGCCGGGCCACGGGUGUGUGUGUCUUAACCGCGUGGUCGAGACGCUGCUGCUCCAGCCACAGUGCAAGUCGCGCCUGGUUCAGACACGGACCGACACGAAAUAAGGGAGGGACCCAUGUGUCGACUGGCCGGUUUCUCGCUCACUGGCCUACCGGGUCGUCGAGUGCGAUGUUCUUGGGGCAUUUGAAGAUGAUGCUGUGGCUGAGCUGCGAUGCGCGAGCGGUGACGUCAAACGCACUCUGAACACAGACACGACACGCCGCACAGUCCACGCCUUGCGGUGCUUUUCCUUCAUCGCCUCAGCGUACCAUCUUGCCGUCAGCCAUGCGUUCGAUCAUAUACACACACUUGUCCCUGUAGGCCUUGCCGCCCCACGGCAGGUCCAGGAACACCUACACAAAGAAAAUACAGUAUCUUCCACCCACCAGUGCUGUGACCGUGCUCCCGUAUGAGCUGGCUGUGUGCCGACCAGGUCGAAGCUCCCGCCGCCGCCCAGCCCCAGACCCUCGAGACGCUCCACCAUACGGUUGUAGUCGGCGCAGAAAACCGAGCAUUUCGAAGAAACGCCUGACAGAGCAUAUAUUCAACGAGUCCACACACGUAGCGCACGCCAGAUGAAGCCAGCUCAGCUCCUCCCUCUUGCCGCUGUGCCGUACCGUAGACGUCGGCAUUGGCGUUUGCGUACUCGACGUGCUCUCUCUCGAUGUCGCUCGCCACCACAUUCAUGCCGUGGGCAGCGAAGGCGACCAUGUUGCCACCCGCACCCCCAAAGCCAUCAUACACCACACCACCGGGAAAGAUGUCGGCGCAGUCGCGCGCCAUCCUGUCGGCGAUGGGCUCGGGCGUGAUGGAAUAGCUGAGCGGCGUACAUACACCAACACACAGAAAUGAUUAUUGAGUUGACAAUGCGUUGGGGUUACUCACCGCAUGACAUCGUUGUAGCGCACGCCAUCCUUCUGGAAGAGCCAGUGGUCGUAGUCCGACUCGUUGAUGUCCCUAUCGCACUCCACAAUCUUCACCACCACCUCACCAGUGACGGCCCCAUCGUCUCCGCCGCCCUCCCGCGCAAGACCGCUGCACCGAUCUUCGCUUCUAGAGCAAGAUCCGCUCGACCCAUCCUCGCAGUCACCUCGGCUGCCGAUGUGGAUGCUGUUAUUCCGCGAAGGCGCACCCAGCCACUUGGCCUCUCGCAGGAUGGGUGAGCUGUCACCCAGAUUAGGGAAGUCACAUCGCCGCCCUGGCCGUGAAGUGUUCUGUGGCGUGACAGGCUGCUUCUCUGGGGAGGGCUUCUGUGGGGAGGGAGGAGGGCCUGGCGUACAUGAAGCGGCCGGCGCACUCCGCGGAGGUUCGCUGCUCUUGUUCCACACGUCUUGUAGCGGUGUUGACCAUCUCGAUGGCGCACUUGCUCGAGUGCCGUCGCUUGCUCCCUCGGCACCUAUCAACGUACGGCAACAAACAGCCAGAUGAGCAAGCGAUACCCUCAGCCACGGCUGAUUCUGUUUGAUGAUUUUCUUACCAGUGGUCUCUUUCUUCUUCUGAAUGGAUGUUCCAGUGGAUGUGUGACGAACACACUCCAUCACGGACGGACGCGGCCUGUGGCACUUGACACUACCCCAUC